CUGCUGAAGCGGAGGAGAUGUCAAGUGUUUUUUUGUUUUGUUUUGUUUUUUUUUCACUUGGUAAGUUUGGGGAGGUGUUUGUGACUUCAGUGAAGCCACACAGCAGCAGCAGCAGACGGAGGUGACACAUGGAACUGAGCAUAUAGGACCAGAGAGACGCACGGUUUUUCUGUUUGUGUUUCCGUUUGUGUUGCUGUUCAACAAUAAGAAAAGAAAUGGGGAAACUUCUUCUGUUAUUCUUUGUUAUUCUACUUUGUGUUAGUGGAACUCUCCAAAAGAAAGGAAAAACAAGGAACAAAGUGAAGAGAAACAACUCUGAGCCUGCGGUUGCCGUGCCCAGAACUUUUUUAGGAGACCCAUUCAUUCAGACCAACUUGUUUUCUGUCCUAAAUGGGACACAAGCUCCCCUUUCAUCUCACUCCCCUCCAGCACUGCAGUCUCUAAGCAACAACACAGCCAGCUAUCUCCGCGGCCCUCUGAGCACACGGGUCAUCCCAAUUAUUUAUAUGUUGGCGGUCGCUGUCGGGAUCCCAGCCAACAUCGCCAUCUUGUACACUCUGGCCACUAAAAUUAGAAAGGUGUCCUCUGCCAUUCUGUACUGCAGCCUGACCGUCUCCGACCUCUUCCUCCUCUUCUCCCUCUUCUUCAAGGCUCACUACCAUUUCCAUGGAAACCACUGGGUGCUCGGGGAGGCUGCGUGUCGAGUGGUCACGGCCUGUUUCUAUGGCAACCUCUACUGCUCAGCCCAGACGCUGGCCUGCAUCAGCAUCAAGCGCUACCUGGCUGUCGUGCACCCGUUCAUGUACAAAAGUCUCCCCAAGAGGAUGUUCACUGGCUGGGUCAGCGUGGCUGUUUGGGGGGUGUUUGGUGCCGCUGUGGUACCCGAGCUCGUCGUCCGGCAGAGCUAUUGGAUCCCUGAGGUGGGCCGCAUCACCUGCCAUGACGUAUUGCCUCUGUACCAAAACUCCCAUGUCUUCCUGCUCUACUACAACCUGUUUCUAACCAUAUUUGGCCUCCUGUUGCCGCUGGUGGUCACGAUGGUGUGCUAUGCCCGCAUCGUGUCCGAGCUCAACAGAUCGCACUAUGACUGGGCGAUGUACAUCAAGGCCAGCUCCCUGGUGUUAAUCAUCUUCAUGGUGUGUUUCACUCCCGCUGGAGUCCUGCAUUUCGUCCAUUAUGUGCAACUGUUUGCAGGUGGAACUGAGAGUUUGUAUGUGCACUUUAAAAUGGCGGUGUGUUUGUGUUGCCUCCAUGCGUGUCUGGACCCCUUCCUCUUUGUCAUCAUGUCCAAGUCUGCAGGCUCCAGGCUUUACUCUAGGGCCGUUAAAGGCAAGACUCUGAGCCUAUCCAUCUAACAGAGACUUACAUGUUACCAAAACCUGUCUUUGAUUGAGAUUUAGCAACAUAUGAAGAGGAAGAUUUUCUCUAUGGCUGGAAUCCAAAGAGAAAGCAAACUCGACUGUAUUUAUGAUAAACAAGCAAUGGACAGACUUCCUGUUGCAUUAAAUGUGUUCUCUGCAAGUAGAUUAAAUAUUUUUGUAUAGCAAUACAGUUUUCAUGUGUGUGAGUCUGUGAUGUGUUCAAAUUACAUAACUGUCUACGCCACUUAUGCUAGAAGGCCAAAAGGCCCUGUUCACAGUUUUUAUGUCCACACUCUCGCUAGCUGCCCACUAGCAUGCUCACAUUAGCAGUUGUGUUGGUACAGCUGAAGAUAUUGUCAGCAGAAUUAAUCACGUCUUGUUCCAAAGGGCAAAAUGAUGGAUGGUCAUACAGAACUGGAUUUGAACUUCAUCCUACUUGUUGUAAAAUGGGCAAGUUAUAGAGUGCUAGUGCGCCAUCACGAAACCAACCACCACAUUCUGCACUGAUGACAUAGUCCCUGUCACAGGCGCAUCAGUGUCUUUGAGUGUCCUCCUGGUCGAUAUGUGUGUCAGGGGGGGCCCUGACAGUUUGGGCCCCUGACCCCAGUGGUGCCUAGUAGGCCCAUUUAGUAAUCCAUCCAUGGAUAUGUGGUCAGACGUGUCCCAGACCACCUCUGCAGAAGGCUCAAGUGUCGUCCACUUGGAUCACUCAGGACACAUGUUAAUACCUGUAACUGUAAACAAGGCUGCAAAGAGAGAUAGGACCUAAAUAUGUUAAUGUGUGUGUAUGUAAGAUAUUAUUUUGGCUAUUUAGUGUCUAAUUUUUACUUGGAUAUUUUGCAGCCUAGCUUUAGAUAUAUAUUGAAGUAAGUGCUUUGUUUAACUAAGCCUUUAAACUCAUCAAGAGGAGAAUAAAUCAUUAACCUCCCCCCACCAGCGGGUGGAGGUUCCUGAAAUGAUUUGCACGUGACAUUAUCUGUCUGAAAACAAUUAUCAAGUCUGUGGCUAAGAUCUAAAAAUAGAUAAGUGUAUGAACUGUAUCCUUUCCUUAAGGGUUGUUAAUGAAUUAACUGCAUGGUUUAAGGUUUUUUAAGGGCUAACAAAACUUUAAAAGGGCUUUAAUUUUUCCUUUGUAAAGAAAAAGACAGGAAAUUACAUGCUUCAUAGGUCUACUACUGGAGCUGAACCAGGGAUGUUGCAGUCAAACCUAUCCUCAUACAAUGUUAGUUAAAUUAACUAACAGUUCACUUGGUUUGACAUGGUCCCAAACAUUGGUCUCUAGAAAGUCCUGAGGUAAAGCUCUGUGCUGUCUGACCUAUCCACUAGCCCAACCUGUAUAUAGGGUUUAGGUGGACAUUUGGCCUUUAAACUGCUUCCUUAUUUACUCCCAUCAGCACAUUGGUAAUUUUAUUACAGCCUGAAUGAAUGACUGAAUGUUACUGUAAUUUGUAGUAUAUGUGGACAAUUAUUCUCUGUGAGAAACGCAGGUUACCUGAGUCCUGAGAGUUCAGCUGGUAGAGAAGCUGCCUCAUAGUCUGAAGGCUGCGAGUUUAAAGGACAGCUUAAUGGGACUGUGAUUUUGAACACAUGACUGGCAUUUUUUAAAAUAACAUUUGUAUGCUUUUGUUAUGACUUUAAAUGUAUGUGUUUUAGGGGCCGUACACAUGUUGCAUUUUUGCAUCCCCAAAUUCAUUGUUUUUAGUUUAGACACACGGCAGGUGCGCUCAAACGCCAAAACAAUGGUGUUACGACAUGCAUGUGUAUCCUAGCACCUAUUUUUCAGGCUGCGACACCUGCCCUGAGAUAAUCAGAGUUCAACUUUACAGUGGACAGCAGCUGGGGGCUUUCACAUAAGGGACUGGGGCCCAAAUCUGAGUACACAUGGCCCCAAAGUCGUGUGCCCCAAAGGGUACAUUUUAAUGAAUAACAAUAUUCUAAAAUGUGAAACUUUAAAGAUUUAACCUCAAUUAGAGAUUAAUUUUUUUGAAUGUAAAACCCCUGAUAAUGUACAAAAAUUUGAUGUUUGUGAAUAAACUGGUGUAUAUAAGAAGGAUUUAAGGGGGUUUAGAAAACCCCUCAAAGAUUCUAACCCUAUCUUUCAUUUUGAAGAAAUAAAACAAUCUGCCUCUAACAAAUUAAAAGUUUUAUUUUGAGCAAUAAAAU